UCGGCCAGAGUCGUCCAUGGCAGGCGGGUGUCGCUCGGGGGAUCCCGCGGCCUUCUCGGCCCGGCCGCCGGGGUGGCGGCUCGCGGCGGCGCUGCUGGUGCUGCUGGCGGCGGGCCGCGGGGCGCAGGCGCUCUACUUCCACAUCGGGGAGACGGAGAAGCGCUGCUUCAUCGAGGAGAUCCCUGACGAGACCAUGGUUAUCGGGAACUACCGGACGCAGCUGUGGGACAAACAGUCCGAGGCCUUCCUGCCCUCCACGCCGGGCCUGGGCAUGUUCGUGGAGGUCAAGGAUCCCUAUGGGAAGAUGGUCCUCUCCAGGCAGUACGGCUCUGAAGGCCGCUUCACCUUCACUUCGCACACCCCAGGAGAGCACCAGAUCUGCCUCCACUCCAACUCCACCCGCAUGGCCCUUUUUGCAGGCGGGAAACUGCGGGUGCACUUGGAUAUCCAAGUCGGGGAGCACGCCAACAAUUACCCAGAGAUUGCAGCCAAGGACAAACUGACCGAACUCCAGCUAAGAGCCAGGCAGCUCUUAGACCAGGUGGAGCAGAUCCAGAAGGAGCAGAACUACCAAAGAUACCGAGAGGAGAGAUUCCGCAUGACCAGCGAGAGCACCAACCAGCGGGUGCUGUGGUGGUCCAUUGCCCAAACCAUCAUCCUCAUCCUCACUGGCAUUUGGCAGAUGAGGCACCUCAAGAGCUUCUUUGAGGCUAAAAAAUUGGUGUAGCCCUUCUGACAGCACAGGCACCGUUGUUUUUCCGGUUCCACUGAGCACUUCUUGACCCUCCUGGAUUUGGCACAACUGAAAGGACAGAUGGAAGCACAGCAUGUGAAACAUCUUUGGACCAGCAUUUGCAUCCUUCCUCUUCCCUGAUGAAGGGGGUGCCCUGCCCACAGAAGUCUCUCACGUGCCACCCCGUUCUUUGCUUUGCUGUGUUGCAGCAGCUGGAAAAGCCUCUGUGGGCAGUGCCCUUGUGCAGAUCCAAA